AUGUCAUUUAGUUUUGCGUUGCUUUUGUUUGUAGAUGUCAGACACGAAUCAGACUAUAGUCGUAGCCCAAGAGCGUUUGAUGGAGAAUCGGCAUCGGAGAGCUCAACUGCAGGGCUUGAUAGUGCUGAUUUCGAGGAGACCGAGGGAGGAGAAGUGCCGGAGGUGUCUAUCGAUACGGGGAGCAUUUCGAGUGUGGAAGUAGUGAGGGCGGACGACGUCCACCCAUCGACAUCUGGCCGUCGAAUAGAAGAGGCCGAGGCUGAUGUGUCUGUUGCCGAACCUGGUGAAGGCGUGCUGACGGUGGUCACCGACCGACAAAGGAUACCAAUGGUGAAGCCAAAGGACCUUGUGUUUGGGGUGGACCACCUAGAGCCGAACGUUUUGACCGAAGCAGAGGCGGCGAAGAUCCGGGCCUUGUACAACAUACCAGAAUCGGUAAAGAUGCGGAUCCCAGGGGCGUUGGAAUCACUGAGCAAUCCGAAGGGGGAGGUGGUCUUCUUCACGGAUGUCUUCAAGCACGGGCUUAGGCUGCCGCUGAGACAUUCGGUACAGGCAGCGAUCGGCUACGCCCCUGGGCAGUUUAAUCCAAAUUUUUGGAUUACACUCCUGGGGACGGUUACGGCCUUCGACAUAGCUGGCGAGGGGGAGCCGAGCUAUGAGCAAUUCGCCCAUCUGUAUAGUGUGACGAGGGCGAAGAGCACCGAUCAGGGGGGUGGGUGCAGUCGAACUGUCUGUCGACGGGGCAGAGGGGGCAUUUCGUAG